AUGUUGCACUUGCCUGCCACGUCUACUACUCGUGAACUGGCCACUGAUGCAACUCACGCCCCAUCCCACGGUCCCACCCCACCCCACCCACAGGGCAUGGGGAAGUGUGUUUCAAUAAUGUAUGACACACCAGGCACAGGGGAGUGCGUUUCAAUCAUGUACGACACACCAGUGAGCGUGGCGCCGCCGCUGACAGAAGCGGUGCACUGCGUGCUCUUCUACUCGUGGACGGCAAAGGACACGUGUGACAGCCUGGCAAGCUCGUUCUCGCUCACAGUGGACGAGUUUCUGGCUCUCAACCCGGGGAUCAGCUGCGAUAGCACCUGGAGAGCUCCGCGCGUGAACCAGCAGCACCUGGAGAGCUCUGUGCGUGAACCAGCAGGUGAGAUGCGGUGCAGUGCGGUGCUCGGCGGUGUGGCAAGCUCGUUCUCCCUCACAGUGGACGAGUUUCUGGCUCUCUACCCGGGGAUCAAGUGCGAUAGCACCAGGAGAGCUCCGCGCGUGAACCAGCAGCUAUGUGUGGUGAAGGGCAGCGGAGAGAACGACGUGCCCAAGCUGCCCAUGUGCAUUCGAUGGUACACGGGUUGGCCUGUGACCGCCUCUUCCCGUCGUUCGGAGGCUCUCGCGUCGGCUGGGAUGGGGAAGGCGUGUAGCGCAAUCAAGCCUCGCUCAGUCCGUGAGCUUCCUUCCACGCUCUUCCCCUCGGCCCUCUCCUCUCCCUCCUCCUCCUCCUCCUCCUCCUCCUCCUCCUCCUCCUCCUCCUCCUCCUCCUCCUCCUCCUCCUCCAUUCCUUCUCACUCCACACACUCAUCGAUGGGCCGCCAGCUGGCGCUGCUGGCCGCGGCUCGCUCACCGACGGGCCGCCAGCUGGCGGGGUCUAAGCAGCAGAGCGAGAAGUCUUACUCGGUGAAGAGGGGGGACUUCUGUGCGCAUAUCAUAUCGCUCAAGUUCCAGAAUAGUGCAAAAAAGCUGGCGGAGCUGAAUAAUGGGUACGUGUGCAACGAUGAUAGGCUCUAUGUAGGGCUGAAGCUCUCCACACGUUGA